CAACCUCGAUGCCAGCAUCACCAGCCACUGCUCGCACUCGUCUUCCCACAGCAACUUCACGGGGAGUACCUGCACUUCCGCCAAUCUCUCGGACACGGGAGAGGAAGCGAGGCGAACUCCAUCGCCACCAGCACUACCAGGCACCAAUAGCAACAUCAACAUCAACAUCAACAUCAACAUGGACAGCAACAGCAACAGCAACAGCAACAGCAACAACUACCACAGCGACGAUAGGAACCACGCAAUGGGACAGCCCCGCCGGGAGUCUCUCAGCUCUUGCUACUCCCGCCGGGAGUCUCUCAGCUCUUGCUACUCCCGCCGGGACUCUCUCAACUCCGUCGGCUCGAACUUCCACAGCCUCGAGACCGCAACUACCGCAACUACUGCAUCUCCAACGGAAGACGACGAAGAGCGGCAGCUCAUGGCAGAGAUCCACGAGGUCGAGCGCCAGAUUCGCCAGAAGAAGCUGCAACAACAGCAACAACAGCAACACCACCGCAUUGGUGAGACACGCCCCCGGUUCUUCGCCACCGACCCCGAGCCGAGCGGUGCCCGGGGCAGCGCGAGCCACUGGUGCAACGGCACGAGCAGCAUCUGGGAAAUCGACGAUUCCUGCCGCAGCGGAACCGGAACCGCUAACGAAAGGGUCGACCUCUGGGCCGGCAACCGCCGCCUCGAAGACUCGAUCAACCGGCUCAAGAACGAGCUCUCCGCCACCAACCUGUCCCGGGCCGGAAGCUCCAGAAGCAACAACGCUGGCAACAACUCUGCCGACGGCAAUGCCAACAAUCCCAACCACGGCACUACCACCAACAACGCCAACGCCAACGCCAACCACGAAAGUUCCAACCGAUCUUCCCCCUGCUCCCUCCUCUUCUCGAUGGUGGCCCCCGUCACGCCAGAGCCGUCGAAACAAUCGAUGCAGAUGCUUCCAAGAAUUCCGACCGGUGCACCGGGGGGCUUCCACCGCUGCGGGCCAAAGGGUUUCCACCGGUACGGUGCCCACCCACACGCAAACGCAAACGCACACGGGGAAGGCGACCACGGUGUGGCCCGGGGAAGCAGCGUCCGGCCGCAGCAGGACGAGGACGCCGACAUGGGGGGACUGGAUCCCGUUCCCUUUGACGAGGUCUUUUGCUCCGGCAACGUCGAUGCGAAACGAAGGGAGCUCAUCUCCAACCUCGCCCACCUCGAUCUCUUCCGCCUCGGCUAGCAGCGGUGGGGGGAUCAAGCCACACGGCACAACACGGCACAACACGGCACGAGACAAGAGCACACACGAUGGCAUCGUUUGUUGGCGAGCGCUCGAACAAUUUUGCAAGAUCCGGCCUCCGCGGGCGGAUGAAAAUCCAUAGUAUAACGUAUAAUCCUUCACAAACACAUAUAAUGAAUAAAUUUUUUGGACAUGA